AUGGGGAAAGUGCAGCUGUUCGAGAUCAGCCUGAGGGACAGUCGGGUCAUUUACAGCCCCGGGGAGCCCCUCGCUGGCACCGUCACCAUCCGCACCGCCGCCCCCCUGCCUUAUAAAGCCAUCAGUGUACUGCGCUCUCGGCUCCAACAACUGACACACUCCCUGAGACAAAUACUUCAACACACACUUCAAGCACUGCAUAAACGGCCCCCCACCCUCACUAAAUACGUCCCCAGCCCUCAGCCUGGCAUAAACCUGGCAAAAGUAGGCCCACUCGAUAAAUGCCCCCACACCUUCAGCUCUGCCGAAUACGUGGCCCCGCACCCAGAAAACGCCCCAACCGUCCUCGAAAAGCUCCGGCCGAAACGGGCCGCCACGUCCUUCGAGGGUCCCUUCGGGAAGGUGACGCACCAGGUCCGGGCGGCCAUCGAGACCAAGCGACUCUCCAAAGACUACAAGAGCGCCAAACUCUUCUACAUCCUCCGGCCGCUCGACCUCAACGAGAUCCCGGAAAUCGAGCAACGGAACUGCGCGUCGGCGACUAAGAAGUUCAACUACCUCCUGGUGAAGUCCGGGCAGGUCCUACUGGCGGCCAGCUCCGACCUGCGCGGCUACGUGGUGGGACAGGCCAUACAGAUCCACACGGAACUGGAGAACAAGUCCGGCCGCGACACCGGCUCCAUCGUGGCGGCUCUGGUCCAGAAAAUCGCCUACAAGUCGAAGCGGGUGGUGUACGACCUCCGGACCAUCGCGGAGGUGGAAGGGGCCCCGGUGAAGGCUUGGAAGCGGGCGGUGUGGGACGAGCAGAUCCUGGUUCCGGCUCUUCCGCAGUCCAUUCUGCAGGGGUGCAACCUCAUCCAUAUUGACUACUACAUCCAGGUGACAGUGAAGAAUCCCGAGGUGUCGGUCACGUUACCGAUAUAUAUUGGGAACGUUCCAGUGAACCCGAUGCGCCUCAGCCAUUCCGUGUUACAUCCGACUCCCCCUCCCGUGGUACCGUCCGCUCCCCCCGAGGACAGCGAUGCAUCUGGCACCUCCCAGACCAUGGAAAGUGUCUCUAUCCCCACUAAGUGCCACUCCCAGCAGCAACAGCCGCACGUCCCCUUCUGCUACGCCCCGGAGCUUCACUUCCCCGGUUCUGAUGAUGAAGCGCAGUCCGUUGGGUCCCCGUCCCACCCCGCCCUCUGUUUAUCCACCGGAGCUACAGUCCCUUACUUUUCUGAUGGUGCAGUGGUACCGGUACCAACCGCCAGCACACUGAUCCUGCCACCAGAAUACAGCACGUGGGGUUAUCCCUAUGAUGCUCCCCCGUCGUACGAGCAAAGCUGCAAUGAGGCCGGCGACAGAAAUGGAAAUUAACCCUUCGCCUUUCUGCACUGGACGAGGAGCUGGCGUUGGUCGCCCAAUUGAAACUACUAAUGACUGUGUUUAAAUGAAUCCCCGCCCCCGGCCCGCCUCCUCCGGACCCUCGGAUUCUCUUCGUGCCUGUUGGACCGUUCCGACGUUACAUGUGAAGAUCCGGAUCUUCUAUACUGGGAGGUGCAUGAAGGGGUUAAAUCACUGGAUUUUAAGCACCCGUGAUGCCUUAUAAAGUUGAGUAGCGAUUGGCGGAGAAAAAUGGUUCCUUUGAAAGGAAGUUGUCAUAUCCUAGCGGCAAAUUCUGGCUUCACCCAAAGGGUUAACUGAUCGGUUACUUGUCGGGGGCAGGGAAGGUCCUUGCAGUUGCACACUGGACUUUUUAAUCAGAAUAAAAUAGGUUUAUUUUAUAUACAGA